UUUCUCGCCUUGAAACCAGCUGUUCGGAGGAAAGGAAACUCGUCUCUUGCACAUUUCCUCCCUUUUCCAGCGGAGGGAAUUCGCCACGAUGUCGCCAUGGCCCCAGAGAACCCAAGGAACAUGAGAUGAAUGCGGUGCCGGGACGAAAUGUGGAGUGAUUAAGCCGUAAAGAGCGGAAAAGAGGGAAAAUCUGUCGAGCCGUGUUGGUGUGUGUGUGUUUCAGGACUUGACACGAGCUUCUUCGUAUUAUAUAUCGGAUUUUUCGGCUUUCUUUUUCGUUUUUUUCGUUUGUGUUUUUUCUCUCUCCUUCUCUCUCCUUGUUUCCUUCCUGUUUUUGGCGGAUUCGUACAUAUCAUAUCACCGAGAGGAACACUUACUUGAGAAAAGGUCAAGGAAUUCCACAUUGUAUAAGAAUUUACCUUUAGACCUUUUUUUUUCCUUUACCCCUUUCAACAUUUUUUAAAAAGUGUAAAUUGAUCAUUGAGAGAAACCGCUCACUAAGAAACGAGGGGAGAAAAAACAAUCGCGUCUUACCAUGGCGGACAGACUUGGCUUAGAUGGCAAAGUGAAGGAUAUGGAAUUGGGAGAGACGUUUAGCAAGAAUUACAAGGAAGGCGCUUUCCAUACUCUGCGGUAUGACUUCAAACCAGCCAGCGUGGACAAGCAGAAGAUGGGCACGGUGGAGGUGGAAGGCAACCACCAGGUGACGGUGACAGUGCCACAUGUCGAAGGAGCCGGCACUGCGCAAACGGUCUUCAAAGGAAAUCACAAACCAGUAGCCAAGGAGUGCAUCCUCAUAAUUGACCACACAACAGGCGAAAUCGUCCUUGAGCGCAUAUCACAAGCCAUUAUUGUUAAAACUACCAGGCCAGAAGGCAGCAGCCGUUUGCCCACGCAGCGCCCCCCAACGCCCCUCGACCCUUCCAGAAAAAGCUCACCUCCUCAGAAGUGCUCUCCCUCCCAUCCCCCCUCACGAGGCUCAUCCAACUCACUGCCAUACUCGCGGCCGUCACCCUCGCAUGCCAAGCUCUCUCCACCCUCCAAAUCAUCACCGCACGCAAGGUCCCCCAUCCCCAGCAAAAGCCCCAACAAUAACCACUGCACAGCUCCUGGCUCCAUGCCCAUGUUGGGCUUCGACGAUAAUAUUCCAGAGAAUAAGUCCAUACAGAGAAAUUCAACAUCUGAUACUGGGUCCAUGAUGAGCGAUUCAUCCAGCGACUCAGACAGCAAUAGCAGCUCAUCGUCCUCCGGCGACUCCGAUUCUGACUCAGAGCCCGAGCAGGACAACAGAGGCAAGAAAGCCAAUGGAUAUGGUGCUGGAUGUGGAACUAUACCAAAUGGAUCAAACUGUCUCAUGAACGACCUAGAAUUAUCAUCAGUGUCUGAAGACAGUGACUAGUGUUAGUGCAAAGAGGUUGUAACAAAAUGGUACUUUCAGUGGAACUUUUGAAGCUUGUAAAGAAAAAAAAAUAAUUUUUAUUUUAUUUAUUUAUUUAUUUGUUUCAACUUGACCAGAAAGACGGACUGGUAGAGAAUACAGCAGAUUUUUUUUUCUUUUUUUUUCUUUAUAUAUAUAAUUUUUUGUGCGUUCUAGCCAGUGCAACCUGGCCUUGAGACAAACACAACUGUUGCAUAAGAAGUCAUCAGUAUAACAGCGAUAGACGAUGCUCAUUAUAUUUAUCUUGGAUAAAGUAAUUGAGUUAUGAUGAUAUUAUUAUUAUUGUUGUUAUAUCAUUUUAUUACCCUUUUUUCUCUUGUUUUUCCUCUUUUAUUACAAUUUAUUUAACCCUAAAAAACUUAAACAGUCAACAUUUUACAGGGAAGACACUGAAAGACUAUUUUCGAGGUGUGCCAAGGCACGUGAAGCCUGAUUUUAUGUGUUAUAUUUACUUAAUAUUUAAGUUAUAGUACAGAUGACCCUGAUAUCAAUGGAUUAUACAUAUCUGAACGACUUAAUAAACACUUAAACGUACUGAGCAGAAAGCAUAAUAGUAUUUUCUGUAGGAGGGCUUUCGAGAUUGUGGGAGGUGAAGCAUGUAUUCCUAGUCCUGUUGUGUGCCUGUGUUUUGUACGAGGCAGUGAUGUCUUUUUGAUAUCAAUUACAAGGUUGGACUUCAAGUGGAAAACAAAAAUAAAAAUAUGUUAAAGUGUAUGAUAAAAUCUUUAUAAAUUUGUCAAAGGCAAUUCAGUAUUUGUUAGUGAGAAAACCCUUUUUUUUUCCAUUUUUUUGGCUUUUGGCCAUAGAUAAAUGUUCCUCUUUUCAAAUUACUUUAUUAUAAUGUAUGAUAUUUUAUGAAUUUCUGUUGCCUACUAUCAGUUUAGAUUUUUAUUUUUGUGGUUGUGCUACAUAUUAAAAAUUGUGUAGAGCAUAUCCCAAGCUGCCUUCACUGGACAUUUCAGUAAAGAUAUAAUAAUCA